CUCCACGCCUUCCCUUCCAUUCGAGCGCAUCUUCUCACCUCCUACUUACUUCUCGGACGACAACCCACUCGUACGCUAAACAUUGCGUCUGACAUACGACAAUCCCUGCGUAGUCGACCUAAUCGCUUACGCCCACGCCCCCAUUCACGACGACAAACAAUACCGACGGCUCUUGCACCUUGGACUGCGACUCUCCCAACUUUCCCGCCCUCGUCGCAAAUUGUCAACGAGACUCGACAGUGGCCGAUAGCGUCACGCGACUCCCUCCCCCCUCCUCAGGUCACCUCGGUCGCCGAUCUUGAACAACCCUUUUCCAGCAGCGAUACUGCGGGCCAGACUGAGGUGGAGCUUCUGCCGUCAAAAUGCCUCCUUCGUCGACCUCCCAGAAGGCCAUGACGACGCAGUUCGUCCAGCUGACUGGCGCCAGCGAUCGAACUGCGCAACGGUAUCUCAAGAAUGCCAGCUACAAGCUGAACGAAGCUGUCGAUGCGUACUUCUCUGGCGGCAGCGGUACUUCCACACCCACCACUUCAGCUCUCGACACCUCAUUGAACCAGAUGUUCGACAAGCUCAGAGAUGACUCAAAGGAUGCGAAAGACAGCCUCGGUCUCGAUUCGACUAUGGCGUACUUUCAGGACUUGGGCAUCAACCUCGAGAAUGCCGAACUCCUCGUCGUCAUGGAGCUUCUUCAGGCACCUGCUGUGGGCGAGCUGACGAGAAAAGGCUACGUCGACGGCUGGAAGGCAACCGGCGCCGCGACGCGUCAAGCGCACGUCGCCCAUAUCAAGUCUUUGGUAAACAGUCUCGCGACCGACCUGGCGUACUUCAGAAAGGUUUAUCGACACACCUUUGUCGCCAGCAAGGAGGACAAUCAGAAGGCUCUUAACCUCGAGCUUGCCAUUGUCUACUGGAACGUCCUGUUCUCGGCUCCUGGUUUGCUGUGGCAGACCAAGAACCAUGACUGGUUGGAGUUGUGGUUACAGUUCCUCCAAGAGAAAUGGACGCGAUCUGUCAACCGCGACAUGUGGAACCAGAUCCUCGAAUUCGCCAUCAAGUCGAUGGCGGACGAGACGUUGUCGUUCUGGAGCGAAGACGGCGCGUGGCCAAGCGUGGUCGAUGACUUUGUGGCUUGGUGUAAGGAAAAAGGAGUCGGCAAGGCCGAGACGAUGGAUUUGGAUGCCUAGAGGUCAUGGCGAAGAAGCCUUCCCUUAAGGCCACGAAACCGACGACCAAAAGGCUGUGAUAAUGACUGGAAUGAUUCCGACGACAAGAGGACGGAACAAGAUUCAGCGCACAUUCAUACUUGGCACAUAGAAGCGGGCUGUCCGUUGACAGCAUGGGCCGCUCGAACCAUGGGAGCAGGCGUCAGCGGAACGGUGCUGGGCAUCAUAACCAGCGCAUGGGAAUUUUCAGCAUUAGCCUAGCGCAUGCAGUUAUGAACAGACUUCAGAUUGACAC